AUGCAAAUUCAAGAAAUUCUUAACAAACUCAAGGGUAUUCAUGCUUUGGAAGUGAAAUUGGCAAUUCAACAGCUACUCAUCAAAGUCAAGAAGCUGAACCUUGUGCCAUCAGCUGAUCUAUCUAGACCAUCCUCAUCAAGAAGAACAGGUUCUCCCAGACAAUCCAAGAAUACCAAGUUUCUUCCACCUUAUGGCACUAGGUAUAUCAAGAAAGAACUAUCAGUAGGACUUAAUCACUUUGAACUAGAAAGAGGAUAUUGGGUGUUGAUAUCUUUGGAUCUUAAUAGAAGACUGAAUGAACUUCAAAUUGAUGAAUUCAGAUUGGUUAAGCCUAAGAUCUUGAAAGAAGUUGAAAAGUUCUACAAUGGUUCUUCUUAUCACUAUGAAGAAGAUUAG